AUGUCAGAAUAUCGCUGUCUUGCACCCUUCCAUAUCACCCGCCAAACCUGUUACGAGUGGUUCCAUCUCACGGAAGACGCCAUCUUCCUCAUUGCUUGUUUCAUUUUUGUUUCGUCAAGUGCAUUUGGCUGGACUGCUACCGGACUGUUCGUCCUCAUGGUGUCUUUCGGGCGAACUGGAAAUGCUGCAUACCGCGAUGUCCCCGCAGUCUAUGUGAGAGUACCCAGGAGCUCGAAAGACCCACUUGGAGUGGACCUUUGGGUCCGCCGACAUGGUCGAUGA